GCCGAUCAAAGGGGCGCUCAGGACACUGAACAUAGUUCAUACAGUAAAUAUUUGGGUUUUUACUGCGGACUGUGCUGUCUUCAUGGUCGAUGAGAGGAAAGGCUAAUGCAAGGGAGAAUAACCUCAAGGACUGAGCACCAACCCAAGGGGAAAGGUUUAGAAUAGCCCGCUUAUGCAAAUAUGGAUGAUCUAAAGCACCAAGUUAUGAUAAAUCAGUUCGUCCUGACUGCUGGAUGCGCGGCAGACCAAGCGAAACAGCUUCUACAAGCGGCACAUUGGCAGUUCGAGACUGCAUUAAGUGCCUUUUUUCAAGAAACCAAUAUUCCAUACAGUCACCAUCAUCAAAUGGCCGGUGGUGGCUGGCCCACUCCAGGAGUCUGAGGUGUGGGAGGUUCUUCCGCCCCCUCUGGACAUCGAGGGGGCCCUGGCGUACUCCGUUUGUUCCAUACUGGAUUCGAGACCUCAGGCGAGGGGCCUUCAGUACCUCAUGGACUGGGUGGGGUAUGGUCCGGAGGAGAGAUGCUGGGUUCCGGUGGAGGACGUGUUGUAUCCUUCUAUGCUGUGAGAUUUCCACUGUCUCCAUCCGGAUCGCCCUGCGCCUUGCCCUCCGGGUCGUCCCCGAGGUCAGUGCGGCUGGAGCCGCGUGUCAGAUGCACACUCCAGCCAACACACCAGCAACACCUCCCAACUUCCCAGACGCACUGGCCAUGUUCUCCCGCCUCAAGGCCUCAGAGAGCUUCAACGCCAGCAGUCCCAUAGCCUCCAUGGCAACCUCUCCUCCUCAGGUCAACUGGGCCAUGGGCCCUUCUGCCCCAGGUCAGACCCAGCAGGGCCUGUGGACUUCUGGGCAGAUGCCCUCUCAGGUGCCUCCCCCUGGGUGGCCCCAAGCCGUCACACAGCAGGCCUCCAGUGAACAGGCCAGCGUCACCAUGGAGGCAGAGAGAUGAGAGCACUGCAGGGGCCUCGCGAUAACAAGAGGAACCAAUAUCGGGCAGUCUUCUUUGACAAAGUGAGAAAUGAAUUGUCUGCAAGGGAAAGCAGAAAACCAAGCGAUGUUGUGGACAUGCACUGAGGACAGAAAGGAGGAAUUAUGAGCAUACAGCUGAUGAACAUUCACAUGACGCCACAUUGUAAAAAUCUGCAGACAAUUUUAGCUAAGCAUACGUUUCAUUUUUUUUUCAUUGAUCUGAAACCAGAGACAAAAGAUGGACUUGUAUAACAAGUGCCGAAGAAGGAUCGUCUUGUUGUACACACCGAUGUGUAUGACAGUGUCAUCAUCUUUCCUUUGUCUUUCUGGAGUGGUGUCAAUGGACUGGAUGCCUUUGAUACUGGGGGUGCACUGCAUAAAUAACAUCAUUCUUCUUGAUUUUUUUAACCAGUGUAAGUGUGUGAAUAUCAUGUGUUCUAGUAUUCUAAUGUGCUUAGAAACCAACUUGGAUCUGCUUUUUCAAACAUUGGGCAAUGACUUUGACUGUCUCACUCACACAAUCAAGGAACACCAGCUAGCCAAUCCAACUUAUGUUUAAUAAGCAACUUUACAAAUUGCUCCUCUUUGUAUACAGUGUUUCUGUCUGCAUUGAAUGCUAAAGGAUGUUAUACUACAAUCAUGGUUCAGUGUUUUUUUGUAUCAUUUUGUUUUCAGCCACUAGUGUUCAGAAGAAAAGUGAGAUAAAGGUUUUGUCAGAGCGAGACUUCUUGCUUGAUAUUCCAGCUGUGCACCAUCUCGAAGUAGCAGACAGAUGGUUUUUGAUACAGUGUUGUUGUUGCUUAAGAUGGAAAUCAACAUAUUAGGGGAAAAUAAUAAAUAGGGAAAAUAUAUUUGAAAAAAAUAUAGAUUUAAAACAUAAAAAAUAAUAAGAAAACAACUGCAUAUUUGGUGAUGCUGUCUCAGGAACUCUCGGCUCAAAAAUGUUUUGUCUAGGCACCUGAUCAUCUUUUUAUUUUGUAAAAUGGAAUGAAUAUUGCAAUUGAAAGGAACUGAUACAUUCAGGGAAGGACUCAUCCAAACGUUUUCUAUUCUACUAUCUGUUAAUCUGAUAAUCACACUAGUUUUGCUUUGCACAUCGGUUAAUCUGAACACAAGCCUGUUCCGCAAUGUUUUCCAUGAGACAGCUACCACAACAAUUUUGUGGAUUACCAGACAAUUAAUUAUUUUGUGUUUCUGAAUAAAUAUUGUAUCUAUUACACUGCAUCAGA